CAGCACCGGCUCAUCUAGCAAAGCCAUAUUCAUGAAUUUUCGAAAAAGCUAUGAUUCGAUGAGGAUAUUAGGUGGCAUUUACAUUUAUAUCUAAUAUUAUGAUACCCAUCGAUCAAACACAUAACGAGUACAAGAAGAGUGGGCUGGAGAAAUGCUAUAGAUUUUAUACAUAUAAGCGGUUUUACAAAUACGUAUAACGCCAACCAUUGAGCCAUCAUCAGCAAACGCGACCGUAGAUGUGUGUCCAGGGACUAUUAAAGAGAAAAUAUAUGAUAACUUGUGCGUGCGGUAGCAGAUUUUUCCUAUAGUUAUUGUUAUCGUAUGCAAAUGAAGCUUGUUCCAUAUGUUACAUGGACGUUGGAAGUUAAACAUCGACAAGUGCUUUAUUAACAGCUGCUGAGUAUUCUAUGAAGCUGGAUAGCUGUUAGGACAAGAUUGGUCCAAAAUUGUGAUCGUUUUUUAAUUUUUAUCUCAUAUUGUCAAACCAUCUCGUCCGUGGCAUCACCUCUUAUCUUAUCAUUCUUCAAGAUUUCAUCGACCGCCUCAAAAUACGCGUGUGUGUCAAAUACCACUAAAGAACGGCCGUCUUCAAAGUAACAGGCGUCGAGCUAAACAUUUUGUCACUCGCUUUCACGUGGAAAGCAGAUAUUAUUGGAAAAAUGACUUCACUGGUGUUGUAGUGGUGCGUCGUUGAGUUGGAGCAGAAUUAUUUGUAUUUCGUGCUCUACACGUGUUGCAAAUAGUCGAGGGCCAUGGAGUGAAUUUGAUUUUAUCCCAGAGAAUGGAUAGUCUGAUGUGUGAUUGACGCGAAAGUGACAAAUAUAUUAAUAAUAUCAUUAUUAUUGUUGAGUACUGAAACCACUAUACAUCACAUUAUUGGAUUGGCAUAUGUAUUUAUACUAUUUAAUAAGCUGUUUCAGUCGCUGGUUCAUAAAUUAAAAUUGGAAUAUGGCAAGGCAGUUAACGUGUCAAUAAUUUGUCAAGUUUUUAUUGAAAAAACCCCGUAUAUAGGAAUUUAACAAUAUGUGUUCGCUUAAAGAUUUUCUUAUUUAUUAUUCGUUAUUUGUGGGGUUUUAAAGUGGGCGUAUCUUAAUGCGGUAGAUUUUGAUACCGCAUGGCGUUUUCAACAAUAUGUCGGCCGUGCUUUCGAGGAGAAAAGCGAGUGACACUGGAAUUGUUGUUAAAUAUUCUCCAUGUGCCAAAAACGAGAAUACGGACGAAGAAGAAUUGGAGGAGAUAGCUAUCGUUGAAGCAGACGACAAAGAUGGAGGAGAGGGUUCGCGAGAUUUGGUACAGCAGGUCGAAGACGGAAUCGAGCAGACGUCAACGGCUAACGGUCCUCGUCAUUUACCAGGUUUGGAAAUGUACCAGUCACCGACUGACCGGACGAAACUGAUCGGGGAACGAUUGAGCUCGAGUGACAAGAUCAGUGUCUCUUCUCCCAUAUAUUCUAAUAAGGUGGUAGAACAAAAAUCCAAAUCCACUUCCAAACAGAGUUUGUUAGAGAUUGUCAGCAAUAAAUUUGACAGGGUUAAAAACAGAAAGAGAUAUUCUUUGGCUCAUUCUUCGCUAAUGAAAAAUUCCAGACCGAGUGUUGCGAAUGUGAUUACAACGAGGGAAAUUCGAAAACAGCGUAAGAAAGAUAUCGAAGAAAAAUUCGGCAAAAAGGGUGUGCGCGGGGGUGGGGGAGGGGGUGAGAAAAUCGAGACGUCCACAACUACGUCGGACAACGACGGGUGUAACUGGACAUUUGUGUUUGACCCCUCGGGUCGUUUGUGUUAUUGGUGGACAUCAGUGGUCAGUGUUGCGUUCCUAUAUAACUUUUGGGUUAUUAUAUAUCGUUUCGCAUUUAAUGAGAUCAACCCGAAUAACAUUUCACUGUGGUUCACUUUGGAUUACUCGGCGGAUUUUUUGUACAUUUUGGAUAUCGCGUUUCGUUUCCGCACCGGGUAUUUAGAGGAAGGGGUAUUACAGACGGACCCAGUUAAGUUACGUAUACAUUAUAUGAAUACGACUAUGUUUUACAUCGAUUGUCUUUGUCUUCUUCCAUUAGAUUUCUUAUACCUGUCUAUAGGUUUUUGUUCUAUUUUACGUUGCUUCCGUCUUGUGAAGGUCUAUCGUUAUUGGACCUUUUUAGAUCGCACGGAAAGACAUACCAAUUACCCCAAUGUUAUCCGUACGCUUACCCUCAUGCAUUAUUUGUUGGCACUGUUUCAUUGGAACUCCUGCUUUUUCUUUAUCGUGGCGACGCGAUUGGAAAAAGAUCCGGUCUACUGGAAAUUCCCCAAGGAUGGCAACGAUACCUUGCUGCAGUAUUUACACGCCUUGUAUUGGAGUACCAUCACCUUGACAACGGUGGGAAAUCCCCCAGUUCCGCGUACCACAGGGGAAUAUUUUUUCACCAUCUUUGAAAUGAUUUUCGCGCUGCUUCUUUUUGCAACUGUUCUUGGACAUAUAGCUAAUAUUGUGACGAGUAUAAGUGCUGCCAGGAAAGAAUUCCAAGCUAAAUUAGACGGUGUUAAAACUUAUAUGAAUUUGAGACGGGUACCUUUAAAACUUCAAGAUCGUGUGAUUAAAUGGUUUGAUUAUUUGUGGAUGUGUAAUAAAUCUAGUGACGAAGAUCGCGCUUUAGGAUUACUACCUGAUAAAUUGAAAGCUGAAAUUGCCAUUCAUGUUCAUUUAGACACCUUAAAACGUGUGGAAAUUUUCCAACAAACAGAAGCUGGCUUUUUGUGUGAAUUAGUGCUAAGGCUACGACCCGUGUUAUUCUCUCCUGGGGAUUAUAUUUGUAGGAAAGAUGAAGUUGGUAAAGAAAUGUAUAUAGUGAAUAGAGGACGUCUUCAAGUGGUAGCUGAUAAUGGAAAGACCAUGCUAGCCACUCUAAAACCGGGCAGCUACUUCGGUGAAAUUAGUAUCCUGAAUAUGGGGACCGCAGGCAACAGACGAACUGCUUCCGUCAGAUCUGUCGGCUACUCUGAUCUCUUUUGUUUAUCGAAAAAAGACUUAUGGGAUGUUUUAAAAGAAUAUCCCGCGGCCAGAGUUAAAUUAGAAGCCAUAGCAGUGAAGCGGUUGGAAAAAUAUAAAAAAGCUCCAUUAGAAAAAAUUGCCAUGCCACGUAGUAAAAGUACUCCUGGUUUAGUUGAAUCUGCUGGGAAAAUACCAAUACAGACGUCAAUAGUUACCAGGCACAGUACUCUGCCCGCUAAUAUGUUGAUCCAAAAAAUGAGCGCAGACGACGGGUCGGCCAUGCGACCUGAGAGUCACAGUGAGGACAAUCUAAUAGCUAGAUGUACUGAAGGACAAUCUGCUGAUUCUAAACGCGUUGUUAGAAAUCUUACCACUUCAAUGACAAUAUCGAGUCUGACCUCCUACGCGGAGGAGGAAGCUUCGCCAUUGCAAUCGCCAGGCAGUGGUGAUCAAACUAAAGUGUAUAGCCCCCCAUUAUCCCCGCGUUCUGUUGUACCCCCUGUGAGUUGCACCACAACAGUGACUUCUACUAAUGCACCACCCGCAUUUCUUGAACCUUAUCAUCAGCAUUCUCAAUACACAAUUCCGCCUCAUUUUACACAAGCGUUCCCGUUCGUCAGUCCCCCACAGAUGACAUAUCUAUCUCCGUAUUGUGCCUCGCCCAAUUUCCCCGCAACACCAAGUGCAAAUAUGUUGUCGUCACCGAACAUGUACGCUCAGGCAAAUAGUAUGAACGCCUCUCAGACAAGUCUGCUUCCUCCUUACCAGCCGCCCCAUACCGUUCAACAACAGCAACAAACUCUACAGACACCGGGUAACACAUUCCUUCAUCCUGUAUCUCCCAUGCCUGGCUCACCAAUGCCACCAAGCUUGAGUCCUAUAGGUGGACAAUCUCCAAAUCAUCCACAGUCUGAACAAUUGCUUGGUGAAAUUGGGCGUUUGCGCGAAAGGCUUGCACAGCUAGAGACAGAGAAUACGUCACUGACCGUGAAACUCAACCAACAACAGUGGGAUGUAGAAAACAGACUGGCUGAACUGGAAAUGCACAUUUGUCAGAGUGAUAGUGUGGGGAGCACAGGUAGUGGAGGCGAGGACAAAAUUGAAAAAAUAGCUCCGAUUAAUCGGGAAUCUAUUAUAUGAGAACGGACUCGAUAAAGUCGUAAAUAAUUGGCUUUGACAGUAUCCAACAGUAUCCAAAGGAAUCGAGUAAGAAAGUUCUAACAUAAACAUGUUUCCGAAAGGAACCAUUAGAUGUUCUCACGUUACAAAUUAAUUGUUUGUUUCUCUAAGAUAAGCCAAAUGAAACAAAUUCGGGUACAUCAUGUUCGAGCUUAUUUUCAAAGAUAGAAUUGAAUCGAUAGUGAAAUUUGAAGACGAGUGUCUUUGAUGAUAACAAAUGACAUUCCAAAAAAAUCUAAUAAAACCAGAAAGCGUUUCAGGAUUGAACAUUUACAUUGAAAAAAAAUAAUAAGUUGUAAUGCAUUUUGCCUCAUACAAUGAUGCAUUAGGUUGAUGUGAGAAAAAAUAAAUUCCGGGUCGAUAAAAAUUCAAGGAUCACCAUUUCCUGUGUAUUAAUCUUCAUUCCAGAAUUGAAAAAGUAAUAGGAAUACCAUAAAAUAGAUUAAAAUCUUAUGUUUCACCUUUUGAAGAACUGUGACAAAGUAUGAUAUAAUUUUUGUAAACUCGAAACCGAGAAGUGAACUGUGGUGAAUAUUUAUUGAAGGAACACGAAUUCUUAAUUUGUAAACCAAUUCUGUAGAACCAUACUAUAGCUUUGACAAGAAAAUUCAAUUUGCGGUGAUCGAUCUUAUAUUAAUAUAAGAUAAAGAAAAAUGAACAAAGAAGAAGACAAUUGAUAUUGAAUGCAUGUCAGUUUAUAUUUAAUUUUGUGUCUUCAAUUAUUGCGUAAUGAUAUUAACCGUUUCCGUUUUCGUGUGUACCUUAAUCGUAGAAAUGGGUAUGUAUUAUGAUUAGUGCAAUUUGUUGCACUAGUUGAUUGACUUAUUGGAAAUGAAAUGAAGUUUAGCGUUCUACUGCUGGCUCGUUUGAAACAUGUACAUAAAUUCGAAGACCUCACUUUGACAAAGGGUUGAUCUACUAGGUAAAGUGGCUAGAAUUGGAAGACUAAAGUAUAUAGCGAAAGGAAAUAAACUUUGGUUAUUAGUCUAGAAACUUUAAGUUCUCCGAUUCAGUGCAUUGUACUGUAUAUGACCUGUGAAAAUUGGAAUAUUGUGUAUUCUCUGUUUAAUGAUAAAAUUAAGCAAGAAUGUCUUUCCUCGCACAUUUAACUUCAGUAGGUAUCACAUUUACACCUGUUAGCGAUCCUAUCGUGCGUUCUGACGUGAAUCAUUCACGGGAGACUGCCAUAUUUUAUAUUUAUUAUUCCGAUGUCACAAAGGUCUUCAAAAUAUGGAAUAAGUAAGUUGCAUAUUAUUACGACCAAUAAAUUAUCAACACAUUUGUUUACCCUCAACACAAUCGUCGCCUAUUUUGGGGUUUUUUCAGGUCGUGGAUACAAUUACUCUACUCUUAUGAACGAAGAUUUAACCCAGCGAAUGGGUUGAACACACCCGAUUGCUUGAUAAAAUGUGUUUAAAAUUCAAUCAGUUAGAGAGUUAAUUCGAGUGCAGUCUAAACAAGCACGUCAAACUGGUUCGGUAGCUAAAAUGUGGUUACCAGUAAUCGAAAGCUACUCGAGCUGGACAAGGCGUAUUUCACGUCUGUCAGACCAAAAGUUGUAACAGUGAUGUGAUUAUAAAAUAGAAGAGACUGGAACAAAAGAGUAUAAAAUGACAUAUCAGGGAUCAUAGAUUAUAACUAUGGGCUUACUAGGCCUAAAUAUUGAUUGUUAUUAGUACUAUUGAUAUUGUUAAAUUUUUAUGUGGUAACCUUUGGAUUUCUGUAAAAUGGUUGUGAUUUUAAAAUUAUAAUCUAUUACAGGGUCUUUAACCAAUAGGACCUUCUUCCAGAUGUUGCUGCGGUACUGUUAAUAUUUUUAUGCCUCUAAUAUAAUAGAAUAAUCUAAUGUUGAAAGCAUUCUGUAUAUAGAUCAAUAUUAUUUAAAUAAUUGAAAUGUUUAGAGAAUGCAUUAGAAGAAAAAUCUAAAUAAAUAUAUAUAUAAUUGUUCGUAUUGUUGCUGAUUAUUAUAGAUACGAAACAAUGGUGUAUUUAAGAAUAGCCUAUAUUAAUAUAGGCGUCGGUUGUUUUCAUAUAUUUUAUACAAUAUCUUGUCGGAGGUGUAUAUUUACGUCAAUUGUCGACUGACAGUUUCAGAUGUAAAUUUUAUUAUGUUUAUUGUUAGUUUUUCAUUUUUAAUUAAUUUAGAUUAUUUAUAUAGAUAUUUCUGCGACAUUUUGUCAAUCUAAAACGUAUACAGGAUUAAGCGGCCGCCAUUUGGAAACUUACAUUAUUGUGUAUGAUGAAAAAAUUCAAUUCGGAGCAAAGCAAGGUGAGCCUAGGGCUUGUUUCAUUUUCUUCCCUUUUUGAAAGUAAUAAUAUUUUAAUUAAUAAAUCUUUACCUUCUUUAUGAUUAAUAUAUUAUAAUAUUAAUUGAUAUUUUAUUCAUGGAUAAUAUAUAUUAUGAAAUAAAUGAUUAUUUAUGACAUUUUUUUUUCUUAUCAAGUGUUAGGUGUUAUGUUUGAGUUUUGACAGUAUUAUACGAAAGCUUAAACUGUUUGUUUUUAUUCUUACGACAAAACAA